AGUAGCAGUGAGCUAGCUUGUCAGUCGGACAGAGUCGCUUAGUCUAGUUCAAGUGUGGAUAAUGAACGCAGUGCAAGCAGACCUUGGAAUAUAUAUGACAAAACAGCGACUCUACAGACACUGAGCAUGUAAGAACGUCAUGGACUAAGCUGUUUUAUGAAGAUAUUACGAUUAGCAGAAUGGCAAUAAAAACGCACUCUUCUUUUGGACAUUACUGCACCAGGACAAAGCUGCAUUUCAGCUCCCAAAACAAGGAAUUGUGAACCCCCUGCUGUUGAGAGCCUUGCAUGGUGCAGCUUCUCCACAAGAGGCUGAGAACUGCACCCAGGAAGACAUACUGAAAGGACAGAAAUGUUUGCCAAACUGAAAAAGAAGAUUGCAGAGGAGGCAGCCACAGCGCCUCGGACUAGUGUUCGGAUCCCCCGCUCCAUCAGUAAGGAGUCCAUCACCUCAGUGGGGGCAGACUCCGGGGAUGACUUUGCCUCAGAUGGCAGCAGCUCCAGAGAUGACGUCUCUGCCCAGAUCCUCAGAAGGAACGAUCAAAUUCGGAAGCUUGAAGCCAAAUUAUCAGACUACGCUGAGCAGCUACGAGUUAUGCAGAGGACCAAGGACAAGCUUGAAAUUGCAUUAGAAAAGCAUCAGGAUUCGUCCAUGAGGAAACUCCAAGACCAGAAUGAGUCUCACCAGGCCAGUAGAGCCAAAAUGGCAGAGGGAAUGGCUUUAGCCCUAGAAAAGAAGGAUCAGGAAUGGCUGGUGAAGAUGGCGGUUUUGGAGAAGGAGAAGACUGCCAUGGCAGCCCGGGUGGAGGAGAUGAUGGAGCAGAGCCUGACGCUUUUCCAGAGGAGAGAUGACCAGGAUGAGCUGGAGGGCUUCCAGCAGCAGGAGCUCGCUAAAGUCAAACACAUGUUGCUGAGGAAGGAGGAACUGCUGAGCCAGCGGGAGCGGGAGCUGCAGCAGAAGGAGUCUGAAGUUCAGACAGCAAAGCGAAGGCUGGGUGAGGCUCAGGGAAAACUCCAGGCUCUGGAAGAGCAGCAUGAAGAAAGCUGCAGACUCAACACCGAGCUGGAAAUAGAGAGAGAAGAGCUGCUGGUGCAUAGAGAGGAAGCAGAGAAGAAGAUUACUGAGCUGGAGGGAAGAGGCCAGGAGCUGCAGACGGACAUCCAGCAGGUUUCUGAAGACUUCAAGAAGUCACAGAGUAUGGUGGCAUCUUUAGAGCAGUCCCUCCACGCCUUACAGACCGAACACGAUGCGCUAAAAGUGCAACAACAAAAGGCUGCAGUGACAGAGGAGGACAAGGAGCGCUUGUUAGUGGACCUUCAGAAGAAGGUGACCUCUCUUGAAAGACGCCUGGAGGGGAACCUGAGCCAAGAUGAGCAUUUGCAGGAGCUUCUGAAGGAGAAGUGCAGCCUGGAGCAGAGCCUGGAGGAGGCCAGAGCAGAGCUGCUAGUGGCUCGGACCAGCCACGCAGAUACCGUUAGCUCUCUGGAGGCACAGAUAUCCAGAAUGAGCUGUAAUGUUACUGAGCUGCAGACUCUUCUCCGACACAAAGAUGAUUCCUCCAAGGCCUACAGAGAGAGAACUGAUGCUCAAAUAGCUGGCCUGGAGCAGCAAGUCCUAGACACCAGCGAGAGGUUCAAGAGUGCAGAGCAGCAGAUCACAGACAAACAGCAACACAUUGAUAAACUGCAAGCAGAGUGGAGUGCAGAGAAGGCCUUUCUAGAUCAGCAGGUAUGUCUAUUACAACAGCAGAGUCAAGAAAGAGCCAGCAGGCUCGAGGAGAACAUCACCACUUCACAGACAGAGAGACAGACGCUGCAGGCCAGGAUUAGUGAUUUGGAACAGCAGAGGGACGAGGCUGACUCCUCUCUGAGACAACGGACGGAGGAGCUGGACCAGGCAAGGGCGGAGCUGAGCAGCCGGCAGACAGUCAGUGUUGAAAUUGCCAAAGCUCUGGAGGACACCAGGCGACAGAAAGAAGAGCUGCAAACACAGGUUGGGGAGCUGACCACUUCUCUUCAGAGCACACAGCAGGAGCUGGCACAUGUCACUGAGCAGCUAACACUGAGAGAGGAGGACAUAACGGUACUCCACGACGAGCUGCAGAGGAGCCAGGCGUCGCUGGUCCAGCUGCAGGAGGAUGCUGAGCGGCAGCGGGCCCAGAUGGAGCAGAGGGAGCUGGAUAAAGACUCCCAGCUGAGCAGCCUGAGGGAGGAGCUGCUCACCCAGACACAGCAGUUAGACUGCUGCCAGGCACGGAUCUCGUUCCUCGAGGUGGAAGUGGAAACCCUGACGGAGCAGCUUCACACUCCAGAAGUGUGCGAUGAGGAUCAAAACGGCAGCGUGACGAUGGACGACUUGGACCACAUUCAGAAGGUCAACAGAGACCUCGAGCAGCAGCUCAGCGAAAAGAACAAGACCAUCAAACAGCUGCAGCAGAGACUGGCAGAGCUGAAGAGGACUCUGCAGAAAGAGCUGAAGCUAAAGCCUGACCCAGAGGCUGAGGGCAAGGAGAAGUUGCCAGAAAGCCGAGUGGAGAAACAGGAGAGGGUUUGUCCCGACCCGCCACCAGCCUCAAGCCCGAGCCCCCCCACCUCCAAGACCACCGUGACCAACACUUCAGACCUCAACGACUCUCGAGAAAUCAAUUUUGAGUAUCUCAAACACGUCGUCCUCAAGUUCAUGUCAUCCAGAGACGCUGAGGCAUACCAGCUAAUACGAGCCGUGUCUGUGCUGUUGAACUUCACCCGUGAGGAAGAGGACAUGCUGAAGGAAACACUGGAGUAUAAGAUGUCCUGGUUUGGAUCCAAGCCUUCUCCGAGGGGCAUCAUCCGGCCUUCAAUCUCAGGAGCGUCGGCUCACUGGAGCUGAGGGGCAGCAGGAGGAGCUGCAGUGAUGGAGAGAGAGAGAGAGAGAGAGGACAGACAGGACGGAGUCCAGGAGGACAGUCUGUCUCGCAUGACUCCCGUCACUGAGCAGGACUCUCGCAAAGCUUUAAUCAGUCUCCCACAGUUUCCUCCUCCAGAUUGUUCUGCAGGGGGGAAGACUGCUGUUGUUCUGCUCUUCAGGAACAGAGAAGGGCUCCACACAAACUCUUGAGACAUACAGGCCUAUUUAUAAUUUGUUGUUGAUUUUGGAAUGACAUUAUUUUCAUGUGAACCAUGGAGGCACGCUGGUGUUUGGCCUAAUGUUAAUUAACAACCAGUAUAAAGCUCAAAUUAUAUUUCUGUGUCAAAGUAGUGAACGCUGCGCCAUGCCUCAGUGGCUUACGUCACUGUGGGCAGUUAUUAUUUUGAGAGUCUGUGCACACGAUUUGAUUAAUUCUGCGGUAAUAGUGCACAGAUAAAAACAUAAGCAGUUAUGUUUCCAUUAUCUGAACCAGUCUGUUUGUGUUUGGAGAGAGCCGUUUCUUUUUGGCCAUUUUUAAACCAAAACUGAACCUUAGAAGUGCAGUCAGACUGCAGUAAUGUCUUGGCAGUAUUUUUCAUCAAUUUAAGGCUCAGUGAAUAAAAAUAUCAAUUUCUUUCCAAAUUCAAAAAACUGUACUGUAGUGAUUACUUUUCAACAGUUCGGAAUCACUGAGAAUUUUUUUUUAAAGAAACAUACCAGUAGUCACUGUGUAUUAAAUUGAUCAAAACUAGAGCCAAUGAUUAACUAUCACUGAUUGAUAGAUAGAUUUAUUUAAAUUAUUUUUAUUUCUUUACAUUAUACAUACAUAUAUAUGUAUCACAUUUUUUUGUGUUUUUUGGUGUUUUUUGUGCAUUUUAGGUUGAUAACAAGUAUACACACAGUGACAAAGUAGGAAUAUGAAUGAUAAAGUUAAACACAAGGUUGGGGAAUAUGGGGAAAUAAUGGGGGUGGGGUGUGUGAGGGGAUUUGGAGAUAGGGGCUUAGGAGGGGGCACAUAGUUGGGCUUUGCACUAGAAUAAUGUAAAGCUAAUACCACAUUUCUAGACUAGAAAUGCAAUAGAGAUACUUGGAAAUAAAUCAAUACAUAUGCACAAUGAAAAAUAAAAAGGAAGAAAGAAAAGAUGAAGAAGAAAAGGGAGACACAUCAGAAAGUUAUGAAGUUCAGUUUUGAAAAUGGCCAAACAGAAAUAGCUUUCUCUACUCACGAAAACAGAAACAUGUAUCCACCAGUCCAGAUGUUGAGGUCUUGUGUCGCCCUCCACGCAGUCACAUUACUGCAGAGGUGCAGCACAGGAGCCACAGAGCAGCCAUGGCGUAGCUUAUGGUGGCAUUUUGAUGUAGAAAUAUAAAUUGACCUUAUCUUGAUGGAAAUAUGCAAGGCUACAUUCACACUGCAGCUCACUGUGUCUCAAUUCCAGUUGGUUUCCUUUGUAGGUGACCCAGCUCUGAUGUUGUCUGUCAACAGCAAAAAGCCAGCCAGGACACAAGGAACAACAAUUGAAAGAAAGACAACUAGCUUGAAUGACAUUUUGCAUCAAGUCAGUGGAACACUUGAAGGCUCUUAAUGAAAGUGAAAUAUGUCAGAAACAAGAACAGAUCAUUUGUUAUUGCCUCCCUGUGCGUCUUCUACAUGGCUUUUCAUGUUGUGCCAGAUUUUGGUCAGAAUAGAUACAGACUGUCCAAAAAAAAAAAAAAAAAAACAUCAGAAUUGAUCAUGAAGGCCUGCAGUUUGAAUGGAGCC